GGCCGCUAAGGACCAAUCCCGCCGCUGAAGAGGAGAAAGAUGGCCGGUGCUGAAGGAGAGGCUGAAGCUCCGCGGCUCUCUGAGCUUCUAGAUGGCGGAUGGAAGUUGUACGAAGAGGUGGAAAACACCUCGGAACCCAGCGGAUCCAACCCGGUCCAGGUGAAGGUGAAGCGGGGCAUCAAGCAGCUGGAGGAGGCGCUUAGCAUGGUGGAGCAGUUGGACCUCUUCAGCCGUAACGAAGAGCUGGAAGAGAUCGCUACGGCCGACCUGAAGUACCUGUUGCUGCCGGUGUUGCUGGCGGCGCUGACGCUGAAGCAGGUGAACGCGGCCCAGCGGCUGGAGCACGUGCAGAAAGCCCGCCGACACUUCCUGGACUUCCUGCGCAGGUGUAAAGAUUAUGGCAUCGGCAGCUUCCACAUGCCUGCGGACGGCGAGGGCGCAGAGGCCACGCCCACGGAGGCGGAGUCAGACUCUCCGGUCCCCGCCCCGCGGCCCCAGCAGCCUGACCUCAUCGCCAUGGCAACACAGAGGCAAGCCAAGAUCGAGAGGUUUAAGCAGCGUAAGGAGGCGGAGGCGAAGCUGGCGGAGCUGCGCGUUGCGGUGGACGGCGGCUUUGCGGAUGAUGAGGUGCUGAGGGACUUUUACCUGCUGCAGGUGCGCAGGUGGAUCACCAUCGCCAUCGAGGAGAUUGACUCCAUCGAUCAGGAGAUACAGAUCCUCAAGAGGAUGGAUGUUCUCAAACAGAGUCCAGCUCAACCUCCUCAUCCAAGAAGACCCCCAAUGAAGCCCUUCAUUCUAACUAAAGAUGCUGUACAGGCCAAGGUAUUUGGAGCAGGUUACCCAAGCCUUCCCACAAUGACAGUGGAUGACUGGUAUGAACAGCACAGGAGAAAAGGAUGCUUACCUGACCAAGGAAUACCCCAGAGUGCAGCGGAUGUGGAUGCAGAGGAGCGAGAGAGGGAGGAGAAAGAGCGCAGAGAGGAGGAGGAUGAUGAGGAGGCCUUACAGAAGGCCAGAGACUGGGACAACUGGAAGGACACGCACCGGAGAGGAUAUGGCAACCGCAAGAACAUGGGCUGAACACACACCCACACACACAACACAGCAGCAAAGACUUUGGAUGGCCUUACACACACACACCCCCUCUCUGUCUUAAGGACAUGCAGAGCAGAGGAUCUGGCAACCCUUAUAGCGUGUAUGAGAGAGACUGUAAAGACACUGGAUGAGUUUAAAUACUCAAACACUUUAACCUUCAUAUACAGUACUGCGCAAAUGUUUCAGCCACCUGGCAACAUUAUAUUUAAAAAGCAGUUUAUCUGGACAGUAAGUGUUCAUUUUCUCAUAAAGCACUGAUGUCAAACGAUUAAAAUAAUUCAUUGUGA